AUGGAAGACAACAGCAACGUGUUCGCGAUACAUACACGACCCACCGUCGCAGAUCUGCACGGAGAGAACCAUUUUGCGCAGCUGGCGCGAAAGCACUGGCUAAACCCGUCAAAGCCAACGAAGAUCAACCAGAAGAUCGUCAAGGAAGAGCUAUGGGAUGAGCUAGAGAAGACCGACUUCGCUUUUGGAUCUCUCCUAGUCCUGGAGAACUUGCAAUUGCUAGAGAAGUACCUCUGGCCUGGAUACUCCGAGGACGCCUCGAACCACCAGAUCCUCUUGCUUGCGUUGAUGGUCAACGUGAAGCGAAGAGAGAACCUACCGUCCUGGGAUCACUUCAAUAGCAAGCCCUCCGAAUUCUCGUCCUUCUUCCGUCGAAUCCUCUCCAUGAGCAUCGACGAUUCGCUCCCCAUGAAGAUCCGUACACAACUCAUCUCUUUCAUCAUUGGCGCCUUCCAAUCCUUAGACAGCGGGCUGGUUAGAAAGGAAUGUGCCCCCCUAGUGUCCAUAUCGAUAUGGCAAAACCUACACAGCGAUACGGUCAGGGAUCGUUUGUUCGAGAAGAAUCCAGUGCUGAAGAAAGCAUGGAGGGCCAUGUCGAAACGCCUCGACUCUGCAGACGACGAUGUCAAGGCAAGAUUGCGGUUUGAACGGUCCUGGCUGUACACUCUGCUAUUGGACUUCCUAGACCGAAUAUACGGCGAAACGACUUCGGAUAAUGCUAGCUACUGUGAGCGCUUCGUCGAGCUCCUCACUGACCUCCAGAGCCAGCUUCCUACGAGGAGGUAUGUCAGCACAUUGCUGCAGGACUUGAAUCUACUCCCCGCGACUCGACUCUCCCCUAUGUAUACCGACGAGGACAAUGGGUUAUUCCGAGACCUAUACAUUCUCCUACGCCAUUUCACGUAUUUCCCAAUCAACGAUCAGACAGGACAACAUCAAACGGAUCUCGAAUACCACGAGGCGCAUUGCUUGAAACUAGCCAAGCUACAGCGGACAGCAUUCAAGCACUUCAAAUCGAAACUGACCAUCCUGGCCCUGUCGAAUUAUGGCUCCCUGAACCAGAGAGCUGACCUGGAAGGGCACUUGGAAGAGCUUACAGUUGAUGAGAUAGUUCAGCUGUGUGGUUUGUUAGGCUUCCGUACAGAGUACCCCAAAUCAUCGUCUCUUGUGCAGGACCGAGAUUUCUUCGCGGAACUGAUCAUUGAGGCGCACGAGAGGAGACCAACGUUUCAGGAGGCAGUGAGGAACAUGCCCAUCCUCCCAACGGAGCGUAUCUUAUACGAACCGACAUUUUUGCGGAACGAGUCAUACAACGGCUCGAGACCACUGGCCAUUCCGAAGUUGAAUCUUCAGUACCUCACAAUAGGCGAUUUCCUCUGGAGAUCGUUCAUCUUGCAUCGGUGCGAGUCCUUUUACGAAAUUAGAAAAGAUAUGGAAGAUGCCAUCAGACGAGUCCAGCCGAAAUCUGCUGGAACAGGCACUAAAUUUAACGGAUUCUCGCGCAUGGCUCUGCCAAUAUCGAAACCCGCUAUCAUUGAUGUUGCACCCGCCAAGGUUGGAGACGAGCACCCUGCUCAAGUAAAGGCUGAGAUCAUAUUGGAUGUGAGCCGCUUGAACUACGGUGUACGAAAGGACUGGGACUCUCUGCGCGCUGAUGAUGUUGUCUUUCUACUGGAUGUUCAUCCCGUGGAUGAAGACAUGCCAAUGAGGAAUGGGCAUCAACCUCAGCAUUCAGGGCAGAAGGCAGGGCUCCGACGAUUGAGGGCAGCAGAGGUCAUACAAGUCCAGGACGAAAAGGGUCGCCCGCUCCGUGAUCAUCAAAAUCAAGAUGGCGAAUCGUACCGACCACGACAACGGAGACUGCUCGUAAGACUAGACGCUGUCGCGUAUAAAGAAGACAUGGAUCGAGUUGCAACUGGCAAACCAAGCGUUUAUGAAAAUAUCAACCUCAUUGUUCGCCGCCGAGGACGCGAAAAUAACUUCAAGCCAAUUCUCGAAUCCAUCAAGCAACUCACAUUGUCCGAUAUACCGGCGCCGUCGUGGCUCCAAGAGGUAUUUCUGGGAUAUGGAGAUCCUACAUCAGCGACCUACAAGCGCCUCUCAAACCGCUUGCAUUCGAUAGAUUUCCGCGACACCUUCCUUGACUGGCAUCAUCUCAUUCAGAGCUUACCAGGCAAAUCAAUUGAGCCUCACGAGGAUGCAGAUUCUAGCUUUGGCCCUCCUUACGUAGUGGAAUUCCCAGCUGGGGAUGCAGAGCCAAUCCCAGUUAGGCCAUCCAAGAAACGACGACGAGAUCAAGUUGAGAUCACACAGCCACAGCCUGUACAUGAGUCUCUGCAAGUAUCUACAUACAAACCACCAAACACCGGGCCAUAUCCAACGGACGCACCAAGGUUGAACGCUGUUCGAUUUACCCCUACGCAAAUCGAGGCCAUAACCUCAGGUACCCAGCCUGGAUUGACGGUUGUGGUCGGCCCACCCGGUACCGGAAAGACGGAUGUUGCUACCCAGAUCAUAAACAACAUAUAUCACAACUUCCCAGACCAGCGGACUUUACUCAUAGCACAUAGCAAUCAAGCGCUCAAUCAGCUUUUCCAGAAGAUUGUGGCGCUCGACAUUGACGAACGCCACCUUCUUCGUCUCGGUCAUGGUGAGGAGGAACUUGAAACGGAAGCCAAUUACAGCAAAUAUGGCCGUGUGGAAUCUUUCUUGGAGAAUCGAGCACGCUUUUUGCAAGAGGUCGACCGCCUCGCGCAGAAUUUUGGCGCACCUGGGGCCCACGGAAGCUCCUGUGAGACUGCUGGGUAUUUCAAUUCAGUCUACGUGUUACCAGCAUGGACGAAGUAUUGGGACCUCGUGCAGUCUGACGACUUCACGAUCGAGCAGAUCAUCAACCAGUUUCCGUUCCAGAUGUAUUUCUCCACUGCUCCCCAGCCUCUAUUUGAACCGGAUUCAACGCGCGAAGAGAUCGUGGAUGUAGUCGAAGGCUGCUACCGACACGUCGAGAAGAUUUUCACCGAGCUAGAGGACAUUCGUCCUUUUGAGAUUCUAGGGAGGCCGCGGGACAAAGCUAAUUACCUGCUCGUCAAGGAAGCUCGAAUUGUUGCUAUGACAUCUACCCACGCCGCUAUGCGAAGACAAGAAAUUGCUAAUCUUGGCUUUCAUUACGACAAUGUCAUCAUGGAGGAAGCAGCACAGAUUACAGAGAUUGAGAACUUCAUACCUCUAGCUCUUCAGCACCCUAAAAACGGGGAGCUACCUCUACAGCGUGUCGUGCUUUGCGGAGACCACCUCCAGAACUCCCCCAUCAUCCAAAAUCUCGCCUUCCGACAAUAUGCCAACCUCGAGCAGAGCCUAUUCCUCCGACUUGUGCGCUUGGGUGUCCCUACCAUCAUGCUGGACCAGCAGGGCCGCGCCCGCCCCAGUAUUGCCGAGCUCUACAAAUGGCGCUACCAUCGUCUCGGAAAUCUCCCCAUCGUCGAAACAGCGCCCGAGUUCCAGACCGCAAACGCCGGCUUCCGCUACGACUACCAAUUCAUCAACGUGCCCGACUACAAAGGAAAAGGCGAAAUGGAACCAACGCCCCAUUUCAUCCAGAACCUCGGCGAGGCCGAAUACGCCGUCGCGUUGUUCAUGUACAUGCGGCUGCUGGGCUACCCGGCCUCCAAGAUCUCGAUACUAACUACGUAUGCCGGACAGCGCGCGCUGAUUCGGGACGUGUUAACACACCGCUGCGCGAAGAACAGGCUGUUUGGGAUGCCGAGGAUUGUCACGACGGUGGAUAAGUACCAGGGCGAGCAAAAUGAUUAUAUCAUCCUCUCCCUCACCCGCACCACCCGCGUCGGCUACCUCCGCGACAUCCGCCGCCUCACCGUCGCCCUCUCCCGCGCCCGUCUCGGCUUGUAUAUCCUCGGCCGCCGCGACGUCUUCGAGGCCUGCUUCGAGCUCAAGGAGGCGUUUGAUCGCUUGCUGCGCCGCGAGGACAAACUCUCGCUCGUCACUAACGAGAUGUAUCCCGCUACGCGCCUACUAAUCGGCAAAGCGGAGUGGACGGAGAUGGAGGGGGUGGAGCACCUCGGGCAGUACGUGUACGAGAUGACGCAGGCGAAGGUGGCGGCGCUGAAGCAGAAUGGGGGCGUGCUGCCACCGAUUGAGGAGGAGGUCAAGGCUGAGGAUGUGGACAUGGAGGAUGGGGAUGAGGGGUAUGUCAAGGAGGAGGAGCUGGAGUCGGAGGAGGAUGUGGAGGGCUUUCAGUAGGGCUGUCAAGUAGUUGGGUCAGGUCUCAGGGUCAUACGUGAAAAGGUGGCGUCGUGCUCGCGUACGUAGGAAUUGUACAAAAAAGAUACCAAGUUUGAAAUAUCAGG